UUUCUAUGUCUAACAUUCUGCUUAUUUCACCAGUGAUUGCUUCAAUCUCCCCAAAACAAUGCAGUGUUUAAGGUUUGUAGUGGCUUUGGGGCUGCUGCUGGGGACAUGGGCCCACGUCAAUGUGCUACGUCCAGAAUGUGACUCGCCAGAGGCAGAGGAGGCUGCGGUAGCAGCCCAGAACUACCUAAAUUCUCAGCACAGUCAUGGCUACAAGUAUGCACUCAAUAGGAUUGAGGAUAUCAAGAUCAUUUCCAAGCCGGAUGGAGACAAUAUCUAUGUCAUGGAGAUUGACCUCCUAGAGACAGACUGUCAUGUGUUGGACCCCACACCAAUCUCAAACUGUACCGUUCGGCCCAAAGUACAAACAGCCGUGGAGGGAGACUGUGAUGUGGUCUUAAAAAAUAUCAGUGGUGCUUUGACCGUUACAGCAUUUAAGUGUAAAACAGAAGAGUCCAGAGAAGACAUUUGUCUGGGUUGCCCCACCCUCCUCUCCCUAAACAACACCGAUGCCCUGAACUUUGUUCAGGCCUCUUUGGGUACAUUUAACAGAAUCAUAAAGAAUCUCACUUUCUCCCUCCUGGAGGUUGGAAGGAUGUCUUCACAGGUUGUGUCCGGUGGGCCAAUCUAUUUAGCUGAAUAUGUUGUGGUGGAGGCCAACUGUACUGGAGAUGUGUGUGAGCCCCUACACGAUGCUACAGCUACCCGUGGCAUAUGUAGUGCCAGAGGAUUGGACUCAAAGCACACAAUAGACUGCAAGAUGUUCCCUAAUUUGAUCACUGUGGUGGACAGCAACAGCACUGCACCUGUAGCACCAGCAGUGCAUGUGCACACAGGGAACCUUUCACCAGGGCAUGGUCUGCGUCACCACAAGCUGACAGCUCUCCAUGAUCCUCUGAGCCUCCUGUCGGCUGAGUCAGCAGAGUCAGCUGAGGUGGUGCCUGUAGCCCCCGCCCCAGCAGCAAACAUCAGCCAGGCUGCACCCGUCGCAGAUGCUGCUCAUGCUGCUAAUGCUGCUAAUUCUGCAGACGCUGCUCCUGCCACAGACUCAGCUUCAGAUUCUUCAAACAGUAUGCAACACCAUGGAAUUCUGUUCAAGAGGGAUGUAGCUGCAGUGAUUCCUGACACCCCUGCUGCUAAGGCUGCCCCAGUACCUCUUGUGCCAGUCUGUCCAGGACGGGUUAGAAUCUUUGACUGAUUUAGGGCUGUAAAAUAACAGCUGACAAUACCUACAGCUUACAAUGUUUUGUCACCUGUACAUUUUAUAUUACAAUUUGCCACCAUUGUAAAUGUUCAGUUAAAAUCCUAAAUGUUUACCCAAGUUGUUUCUCCUCCACUGUUUUGAAGUGCGUGUAUGUAUGGUCAUUAAAUAUAAUGGAUGUUGUGAAGACCUUA